AUGAGACGCCCAAAAAGUUAUUGUGCAAAAAGGGGAGUCAAGAAAGGCAGCGAGACUCCGAAAUCAGAUGCUCAAAAAGGGUUUGUUUCCAAUACACUUGACAUACAAUACUCUGAUGCAUGGCUACUGCAGGGAAGGAAACCUCAGUACAGCUUUGAAUAUGAGGGCACAGAUGGAGAAAAUGGAAGCCAGCAAAUGAAGUAA